CGCUUCGUUGCAAAGAAACAAAACCGCGUUCAUCUCCUCAACUUAUCGAAAGUCCUCUGUUUUCUUUAGGUUAACAAAUCAUUCCCUCCAUUUCAUCACUCAAAACCUUUUGAUUCAGUUUGAAGUUUCAAAUCAUGUCAAGCAGACCUGAAGACCAGCUUUCACCCCGGGAGUCUUAUCCUCCCACCACAACCGUCCCCGACAUCCACGCCUCCCAGCCUCCUCCGGCGCCCUCGCCGUCGGAGGAGGACGCCAAGAAAUGGGGGACCCACAAAAUGGGAACCCCGGCAGCUCCGGACGUCCACCCGGACAACCAGAAAGCAGCUCUAUGGAAAGCCGCCGACCACCAGCAAAUCCCGCUCGAGCCGCAACAGCAACAGACGCCGUACGUUCAGUACUCUCCGAUCAACAAGCCGAACAACAACCCCUUUGAGCCGGUGAUCAACCUCUUCAACUCGUGGGGGAACAAGGCCGAGACUUUAGCCCGGAAUAUCUGGCACAACCUCAAAUCAGGGCCCUCUGUUUCCGAGACUGCCUGGGGAAAGGUGAACUUGACGGCCAAGGCAAUCACUGAAGGCGGGUUCGAGGCUCUGUUUAAGCAGAUAUUCGCUACUGAUCCCAACGAGAGGUUGAAGAAGACUUUCGCUUGCUAUCUUUCCACUUCUACCGGACCUGUUGCCGGGACUCUGUACUUGUCCACGGCUAGGAUCGCUUUUUGCAGCGAUCGCCCGUUGACUUUUGCUGCUCCUUCUGGACAGUCAGCUUGGAGCUACUACAAGGUGACGAUACCAAUGACGAAUGUUGGAAGAGUGAACCCUGUAGUGAUUUCGGAGAACCUGACCCCGGCGCAGUACCUUCAGAUUGUCACCACCGACGGACAUGAUUUCUGGUUUAUGGGGUUUGUUAAUUUUGAGAAAGCUUCACAUCAUGUACUAGAAAGUGUGUCGAAUUUCAGAGCUGCUGGAACUAAUGAAGUGCAACAAAUGCAACCUCCUGUUGUUGUGUAGAAGAUGAGUUUUCGAUUUGAAUUGUCCGGAUGAGUGUGUUGGUGUUCAGUUUCAAUAGGUUUGCUUUGAUUUCUAUAUGAUGCAAUAGUACUUUAUAUAUAGUAGUCAUAUCUGAUUCCUGUAAGUCUUAUAUGCUCUGCUUCCCUGUGGAUUAUAUAGUCAUAUACACAUA